CAAAAGUUCCUGGAACUUAAACGGACUGAACCGGAGUUUAUUCACAACAUUAUCCGAACUGACAUCUGGAGUAACGGAACCGAUCAGCUGAUAUCAAAGUUGAUCUGCGAUUAAUAAAUACUGUUAAGAAUCAUCAUUUUCAUCAGCAAAUGAAUUUGGAUCAAUUCGGAUCAGAAUCUACAAACAUGACGAAUCUAUGCGGUUCAUCUGAUCAGAGGCCGUUGCUCUCUCAGCGUUCUCUGCCCGGCACGCCUGUCACUCACAAACAUCUGCCUAUAGACCUGCGCACAUCAAUGGACGGAAAAUACAAGGAGAUCGCCGAGGAGUUGUUGGCGAGGAGUCUGACAGACAGUGACAUGCGUUGUGCUCCGUACGAAUUUCCUGAAGAGAGUCCCAUAGAACAACUCGAGGAGAAACGACACAGACUGGAACGCCAGAUUAGCCAAGAUGUCAAGCUUGAGCCCGAUAUUCUGCUGCGAGCAAAACAAGACUUCAUGAAAAUAGACAGCGCUGCCGAUCUCGAGGGUCUGAAGGGCAGUCAUGAGGAUGCUGUUGAUCAUUUAGAGAGAGAGACAGGGAUGGAGAGAGGCUUCCAGCAUGUGUCUAUAUCAGGAGAGGAGAAGUGUGGGGUUCCCUUCACGGAUCUGGUGGACGCUGCGAAGUGUGUAGUGAAAGCUUUGUUUAUCAGAGAGAAAUACAUCACUCUGUCACUGCAGACGUUCUGUAAGACCACCGCACGAUCUCUACAGGAGCUCAAUCACAGACCACUGGACCUCAGCAUGUAUGAAGACCUUCACGAGAGUCCCGUCGACUCAGAUGCCCCCGUUCACCCCCCGGUGUCUAAAACGCACCCGUAUGAGCCUCAGAAUCUGAAGAACCUGCCGUGUGACACGGGCUACAGCUGCAAGAUGGUGGAUGGAGUUUUUCACGUCUACACCAAACAAAACCCCAUGGAUAAGAACACAGAAGUGGACCUGCCAUAUCCAGAUCUACAGGAAUAUAUCGCUGACAUGAACGUCAUGAUGGCACUCAUCAUCAAUGGCCCCGUGAAAUCAUUCUGCUACCGUCGGCUACAGUAUUUGAGCUCAAAGUUUCAGAUGCAUGUUCUUCUAAACGAGUUAAAGGAACUCGCAGAGCAGAAGAAAGUACCGCACAGAGAUUUCUACAACAUACGCAAGGUGGACACUCAUAUUCACGCAUCGUCCUGCAUGAAUCAGAAGCAUCUGUUGCGUUUCAUCAAGAGUGCGAUGAAGAAAUACCCUAAUGAGAUCGUUCACAUGGAGGGGGGGCGGGGCCAGACGCUGAUGGAGGUGUUCGAGAGCAUGAAUCUGACUGCAUACGACCUCAGCGUCGACACGCUCGACAUGCAUGCGGACAGGAAUACGUUCCAUCGCUUUGACAAAUUCAACUCCAAAUACAAUCCCAUUGGAGAAUCUAUACUGAGAGAAAUCUUCAUCAAAACAGACAAUCACAUCCACGGCAAAUACUUCGGUCAUAUCAUCAAGGAAGUGAUGUCAGACCUUGAGGAGAGUAAAUAUCAGAAUGCAGAGUUGCGUCUGUCCGUGUACGGCCGCUCAAUGGACGAGUGGGACAAACUCGCGGAGUGGGCCGUUUGUCACUCCGUUUAUUCUGAUAACGUCCGCUGGCUCGUCCAGAUACCGCGACUGUUUGAUGUUUACCGCACAAAGAAACAACUGACGAACUUCCAGCAGAUGUUGGAGAACAUCUUCUUACCUCUGUUUGAGGUGACCAUCAACCCCAGCAGCCACCCACAAUUACAUCUGUUCCUGCAACACGUGUUGGGUUUCGACAGUGUGGAUGACGAGUCUAAACCAGAGCAUCACAUCUUUAAUCUGGACAGUCCGUCACCUGCGCGCUGGUGUGACGACGAUAAUCCGCCGUACUCGUACUAUCUGUACUACAUGUACGCUAACAUGACCGUACUCAACCAUCUGCGCAGGAGGCGGGGCUUUAACACCUUCGUGUUGCGACCUCAUUGCGGGGAGGCGGGGCCUGUUCAUCACCUGGUCUCUGGAUUCAUGCUGUCAGAAAACAUCUCACACGGACUGCUGCUUAGGAAGGCUCCGGUUCUGCAGUAUCUGUACUAUCUGGCUCAGGUGGGCAUCGCGAUGUCUCCUCUCAGUAAUAACAGUCUGUUCUUGAGUUAUCACCGGAACCCGUUACCAGAGUAUCUGUCACGCGGUCUGAUGGUGUCGCUGUCCACCGACGACCCGUUACAGUUCCACUUCACUAAGGAGCCUCUGAUGGAAGAGUACAGUAUCGCUGCUCAGGUCUGGAAACUUAGUUCAUGUGACAUGUGUGAACUGGCCAGAAACAGUGUGUUAAUGAGCGGAUUCUCACACAGGACUAAGAGUUAUUGGUUGGGUCCAGACUACAAUAACGAGGGGCCCGUCAGUAACGACAUCCGCCGCACAAACGUUCCCGACAUCCGUGUGGCGUACCGACACGAGACUCUGUGCGAGGAACUUCACCUGAUCACACAAGCUGUCAGGACACAAGAACUGGACCUCAUCGAGGAGGAAGACAUGCUGUCAUUCACGCCUGGCCUAUAAACACGCUAAAUAAAGCCAUAAACCUCCAAUCGGCAAGCUAGAUAAUCCCAAAACCCCGCCCACCAUCAGGACCAAGUGAACAUGCUCAUCUCUGCCUGCGUCAUUUCAGAAUAACUCGAGUGCAUGUUUAGAGAAACAUAUAAGCUAUGCAUAGAUAGAAGAUAAUGUGUGUGUUAGUAUGAGGGGCUAUUUCACGUUAUACCUCAUUUAUAAGCCCCGUUAUAACAUCACAGCACAUUCAUGUGCCUUUUAGUUUAAACAAACUAUUUUUAUUUUGUAUUAUUAUUCUCUGUGAAUAUGUCUCGCACUUAUUAUUUUACGCUUGCCUUCUCUUAGUCUUUGUGAUUUUUUGUUAUUUUAAAGUAAUGCUUCUCUGAUGGCUGGACUGUUUAAUGAAUGUUCAGACUGUUCUGUAGGUGGCGCUGUAGAGCCAAUAACUAUGAAGAAUAUUUUUCUAACCAUAAACCUCCUCUAACCAAAUGUAAUAUCAACCUUAACGCAAGAGUAUACUUCGAAAGGCUUAAAGCUCCAGUGUGUAAAACAGCACGCGGAAAAACUGAAGGUUACGGUAUACGCCGUUCCGUCGAACGGUGCAUAGACGUAGUGGCACGCAGAAAACCGUAGUAUACUUUGGCCUGAACAUAUGAAGGUUUUUAAGAAGUUUACAGAUAUAUAUGAAGGUAGUUUAAUGUUAGUAAUUUAUGUAUAUUUUCUGAUACUCUAGAUAUUAUUGAACUAGACCAUAAAACAUUCGUUUAACAGGCUUCAUGUUUUUAUUGCAUCAGCAGUUUCAGCGUACCAUUAAACUGACUGUUGAUAUCUACAAAGCAUUACUACAAAUAUUCCCAUAAUGAUUCACAAUAGUUUCAUUAUAAACUCGCACAAAAGUGAAUGCAAGAUCAUUGUUCACAUUGAGAAAACAAAUGCAUGAUUUAUUAAUGUAGCACGACCAAAAACAGACCAAAGCAUUAUCCCACAUAGAUAACGCAAAGGAUCAACUAUUUUCUGUUAUUAUAAAAAUAUAGUUUUAUGUGAAUGAUUGAGAUGAUGCUAGUUUUCUGGCCCAGCGGUAUUGAUCAGAUAAAAGAGUAUUUUGUUGAUUUUAAUAAAGCAUGUAUACAGUU